UCCUAUCCUGUUGUUUCUCGGGUCAAGAGAAAAAAAAUUCACCAUGGAUACUCAAACGCAACUCGACAUCGCCAAGCUCAAUGAUGCCGACAGAAAGGAAUUGACCCAGUACCUCGCAAACGAGGCACAGAAAUCCAACAUCCAGCAAACUGUUCAUGGCCUGGCCGAUAUCUGUUGGAAAAAGUGCAUCACCGGAAAGAUCUCGUCGGGCCGCCUAGAUCACUCUGAGGAAGCCUGUGCGCAGAAUUGCGUGGAACGAUGGAUGGAUACGAACUUUGCUGUCCUGAAGCACCUCGAAACCCUGCGAGGACAAUGAAAGCUUCGUGUUCGGGGUACUAAUGUAUACAAUUGCCUUUCGAGCUCUCUCUAGACAAUCAUGGUCUGUUGUGUUGGUUUUUCCAAUUCUCCACUUACUUGGAUCGAGACCUUUCUUUGACAGGAAUCCAAAUUUGCUAUGUCUAGGCUACCAAGGAAUUGAAAGCCUCAAGUAGACCU